UUUGUCACAAGUCAUAACAAAAAUGUCAAGAACCAUUGAUGUUGCUCUGUUUUGUUUCUUCUUGUUCUCUCUUGGGGCCAUGUCCCAACCUUCUCAAAAUCUAACCGAUUGCAACCAAUUACCCGACACUUAUCAAUCAAACCGCAACACCGUCCUCUCCACUCUUCGCAAUCAUUCCUCCCUCGGAAGCUAUUAUUCCAACGCCACGGCCGGUCUUAGCCCAAACACAGUCUAUGGCAUGUUCCUAUGCAUAGGAAACAUAAGCAAAACGUCUUGUUCAAACUGUGUCCAUUCUGCGACUUUAGGAAUGGAUAAAUCCUGUGAUUCUCAUGACACAUCUUUCAUGUUCUCUCACGAGUGUAUGGUUCGGUACUCGGACGUUUCUUUCUACUCUCUCGUAGAGGAUGCACCUACAUCCUCUAGUUACUAUCGGAAUGAUUCUUUGAAUUCUCCAUUUUUUUUUAAUAAAACACUUCCUGGAAAAAUAGACAAGCUUGUCUUCAGAGCACCCUUGUCUUUAUCGUUACCAGUUCCAUAUUUUGUGGAGGAUCAAGAACAUGUUACUCAAUUGGAAGGUUCGUAUGAUUUAGAGGCAAUGGCCCAGUGUAGCCCUGAUCUUCAUCCAAGUAACUGCACCGUGUGCUUGAGACUUGUAGUCGAAAAAUUCUCCGAGUGUUGCAGCCAAUCUCGUUGGGCUCGGAUCUACUUUCCUAAAUGUCUUCUGAGUUAUGACAUCUCUGCUUUGCAACCAAACCUAACGAGUCUUGGCGUUACAACAAAAGGAGAUGAUAUAUUUGGGAGAACGGUUAUUGCAAUCAUGAUAGGCUUACUAAUGGUCAGUCACUUGCGCACCUUCUGCAUCGAAUCUAACAACUUCACUCGACCCAGCACUUACCAUUCAAAUCGUGCAUCAGUCCUCACGUCUAUCCGCGACCGUUCCUUCCUCGGAACGAGAACCUAUUCCAACGCAACGAAGGGUCUUAGUCCCGACACAGCCUAUGGCAUGUACCUCUGCAGAGGAGACGUCGCCAAAAGUACAUGCGGAUUAUGUGUCCGGACCGCAACUUUGGAGAUCUCUAAAAGCUGCACUUAUCAAAAAGAAGCUUUCAUCUACUACGAGGAAUGUAUGGUUCGUGUCUCGGAUUAUUCCUUCUUCGGACUCCUAGGAGGACCUAGCACCAUCUUAUACUCUGCCAGUAAUUUUUCUAUUAGGAGUUCUUUCGGACAAACAUUUUCUCAUAAGAUGGACAAACAUAUCUUGAGAGCAGCGUCGAUGCCUUUGUCGCCGAAACCAUAUUUCGUGCUGGAUAGAGAACUUGUGAAGGAGUUCGGUAGCUCGUAUAGAUUAGACUCAGUUGUUCAGUGUAGUUCUGAUCUUGAUCCAACAAACUGUACCGUCUGCUUGAGACUUGCGGUCCAAAACCUUUUGGGCUGUUGCAGCCUGUCUCGUGAGGCUCAUAUCUUCCAUCCUAAAUGUCUCGUGAAGUAUGACACCACCUCUUCGCUAGUGAACGUCCCGAGUCUUGGUGCUAUGAUAGGAAACAAAAUCUUUGGGAGAAUUUUUAUUGCAGUCAUGACAGCUACUACGUUAGCACUUCUAGGACUAUGAUAUCAAAUCUAAUGGUACUUUAAGGAUUGGUAUAUGCUACUUCAUAUUUUUGUUCUUAUGACAUGUGUUUUUUUUUUGGUAACCUCCUAUGAUAUGUGUGAUUUGUUGUGUUUUUGUCUAACGAAAUCCAAAAAUGUGAUUUUAUAGUUGAUCAUUUGAAGAAAAUUUAACAUUGAAG